AUGGCCGAUCUGACCUCGAACGAUUCAGGUCAUAAGAGUGAAGAGACGAUUUCACCGCAUGAGCAGGAAGCAUCAGAACCACUUCAUGGCACCCAAGUUAGCGCCCCGAUUUCAGUUGAACAGUGGAAAGAUGAAUCCUUGAAAAGCCUUGAAAUUCCUCAAGAGUCAUCAUCAAACACUGGCGAUACCUUUGAGGAUUCGAAUGAACGGCAACCAAAUUAUUUAACAGGUGAUACAAGGCCCACGUCUAGUACCGGUGUCAAGCAAGACGGAGAAACCAGUGAUACAGCAAAAAGUCUUGUCGGAAAUUCAGCCCCCUUAAAUGAAAAGUCACCCACUGCUACAAUGGAAAUUGAGGUUCCUGAAAAGGAAGAUGGGCAUGAACAUAAUGAUGGAACUGAAUCGCUUUGGAAGCCUUCACCAGAAACCAACGAAAGACUACUCGUGGCAGCUCGAUACGGGGAUAAAGAAGAAGUUGAAAGGGCACUUGGUGAAGGUGCCGAAAUUGAAACAAGAAACCAGUAUGGCGAAACAGCGCUUCAUUUAGCCUGCCGAUUCGACCAUAAGAAUAUAGCUCCUCUCCUUCUGGCUGAAGGAGCGAAUAUUGAAGCCCGAGACAAUGAUAGGUGGACACCCUUGAUCUCAGCCAUGUCUGAAGAAGCAUCUAUAGAUAUUCUUGAACACUUAUUUAAUCAAGAAAAACCAUCCAGAUAUAAAUUCCAGGAGCGACACGGGGCGAACUGCACUAAGAGCUUGUUUGAUUGCAAAAUCCGUACUGAAUCCGCUGAAAUAAUCCGUUUUUUGUACCAUUACAGAUUCCGCGGUAAUAGCAAUCCGCUUCAAAAAGAAUGGAUUAUUAAUUUAUAG